AUGUCUGAGACGGCGUCUCGAUCGGUGAUGGACGUACUUCUUUCGAGGGACCUUUGGUUCACAAAGGAAGAGGAUGUGUCACGCAUUAAUAGCUACAUUACACAAGGCGCGUUUUCGCCCUACAUCGUCCUUGCUCUUUCCCUUCGCUGGAGAUCCGUGUACUGGCUCCUCUGGUUGGCGUACUGUCUUCCUUCGGCAGCCGAGGGUCUAAUCAAUCGAUAUCAAAAGUAUCUCGUGGGCGCCAGGUACGCACUGUUGCGCGCCCAGUCGACGAGAUCGGUGAAGAUCACCGAGGGCGAUGAACUGUUCUUCCCGGCUCUCCACUGGAUCUCUAACCACGAGAAUCUGAAGGACAAGCCGGAUGUGGUGCUGAAGACUAAGUACACGGGGUCGAACCCCCAAGUCAACUACGAUUUCGUCCUCGACAAAGGUAUAUAUACGUUUACGGAGAACGGCGUGGUUUACGUGGUCAACUACACAGCUGUUGAGGACGGACAAGAGUCUUUCAAAACUCUUACCUUCUCAUACUGCUUACAGGACGAAUCAAAGUUCGGGCCUCUACUAAAUGACUUCAACAAAAGAUGGCUGGCUCAGAGUAUCAUCAAUGCAAUGGUCAUCGAGGCCGUGUUCAAGUACAACGGCUCUAUGGCUUCAUGGGGUGAGCCGCACCAAGAGAUAUCGCGGAACCUCAAGUCGGUCAUCCUUAACAAGACGGAGAAAGACGACCUAAUCAGCAAGUUGGAUAACUUUUUCCAACCUGAUACGCAGAAAAAGUACGACACGAUUAAGUCACCUUAUCAUUUCGGCCUACUCCUAUACGGCCGCAUGGGAACGGGUAAGUCGUCCCUUGCCUACGCACUGGCAGCGCACUACCGCAUGCGCAUCUACUGCCUCUCCUUCAACGAGCCUGAUCUGUCCCCGGGUACGCUACUGAGCCUUCUUAAGUCGAUCCCGCCCAAUUCCAUCUUGCUACUCGAAGAGAUCGAUCAGAUUAUGAUACCCACCUCGGGGCCAGGAUCGUGGAAACAAAUUAAGGUCGAGAACGUCUUCGUAGCCCUGGAUAAGCGAGCUAGACGAGGCGGCAUUACUAUCAUGACGACUAAUAUGCGCUCUAAGCUCGAUAAGCGCCUCAUCCGCCCAGGUCGCAUCAACAUGCAGGUCCGAUUCACAUACGCGAAUAAGCACCAGAUCUAUGGCAUGUUCAUGCUAUACUGCUGGCAGACGGAUAUUAAGGCCCACUCUAAGGACAAGGUUCACGCUAUGGCUAUACAGUUCAAGGACGCGGUACCGUCGCAUAGAGUGACAACUGCUGAUAUCCACAACUACCUCGUCAACUAUAUGGCUGACCCCGAAACGGCACUUGCAGAUGCUGAUAAGCUUAUUAACAACGCACCCGCCAUCGACCUAGACGCAGAUAGGGAGGCCGAUGGUGACGACUGUCCGGCAACAAUCAAAGACGACGACGAAGAGAAUCUCCCAUUUGAGUUCGACUCCUUCGACGAGUUGGAAACCGCCCAUACUGAGCCACUAGCUAACAUUAACAAGCCGGAAGGCUCUCUACCCACAGUCUCGGGCCCCACUUCACGCCAUCUUCAGCUCUCCCAAGCCGUCAGUGAUGUGUCAUCCGAUCUAUCCAACGACUGCUUUCAAAAUCAAGCCAUUUGGUAUUUGACUGGUUGA